UUCCCGCGUUGAAUGUGUUUUAGUUUAAGUCACGAGACAUACGGCUACUACGAUGUCAAGCGAAAAUAAAGAUAAUUUACGACGUUGCUUAAAGUGUGGCUGCUCACCGGCUAACGAUCCAGCCAUAGCAAUCUUUCGCUUUCCCAAGCCCGGAAAAACAAACACUUUACGAUGUGAAUCAUGGGCACAGUACUGUUUCCCUGAUGAGGAAUGGUUUUCACCUGAGUUUCAGCUGAAAUUGCACAAUGGACACAAGGUUCUCUGUAACAAACAUUUCAAUAGAACCUCAUUUAUUGACUACCCUAUAUCAUUCAAGAAAUUACAUAAAUUUGCUGUUCCUGGAAAAAAAAAUUUGUAUGAGCCUGUAGUCAUGUCAUCAGACAUAGCUGAAGCAGGGUCAUCUAAGAUAUUGAGUGAUGUCAACCAACCACCUUGUGUUACUUCUGCAAGUGAGAAAUGCGUUAAAACUACAGUGAUAUAUCCAGCUACAGAGAAGCAUAUCACAAAGUUUACCUUGCAAGAGGUCCACCUUAUAUUGGAGACUCCGAAACUUUACGAGAAGUUAACGCUACCACAUAUUGAGAAAGAACAGUUCAAUUUGCAGUGGGUAUAUAACAUCUUAGAAGGCAAAAGUGAGCAGGACAGAAUUGUCCACAACAACAAGUGCGAGAAGGAAGGCUUUGUACUGCUCCCUGAUCUAAAGUGGGACGGUGUGACGAAAGAGACGCUGUAUCUGCUUGCUAUUGUGCGUCGCAAGGGCAUCAAGUCAUUGAGGGAUUUGGACGGUAGCCACCUUCCGCUGUUGAAAAGAGUCCGGGACGAAGGAAAGAAAAGUAUCCUAGACAAGUACAAGGUCCCAGGCAGUCAGCUGCGGAUCUACCUGCACUACCAACCGUCGUUCUACCACCUUCACGUCCAUUUCACGUACUUGAGGCACGAGGCACCCGGCAUCUAUGCAGAGAAGUCGCACCUCCUCGACACGGUCAUCGACAACAUCGAAAUGAUGGGAGACUACUACAAAAAAGCCACUUUACCUUUCACCAUCCGAGAGAUGGACAAUAUCUUCAAUGUUUACGAAACCAACGGAUAUGUGCAAAGAAUUAAACCAAAUAUUAAGAUCGAGCUAAUUGAGGCUAAAGAUCCAUUGAGUAUCGAUUAA